AUGGCAGUUUCGGACGCACCAGAGUCAAAAUGCGAUGUUCUAAUUAUUGGUGCUGGCCCAGCAGGUCUGAUGCUUGCUACUUGGAUGGCAAGAUGUGGCAUCGACGCUCGCAUAGUCGAUAAGCGAGGCACCAAGAUUUACUCUGGACAGGCAGAUGGGCUGCAAUUGCGGAGUCUGGAAAUCUUUGACAGUUUUGGAUUCGCCGAUAGAGCGUGGAAGGAGGCGAAUCAUUUGAUAGAGAACCCCGGUGAAGACGGUGUCAUACGUCGGUCCGACCAAAUCCCAGAUGUUGUUCCUGGAAUCUCCCGAUUCAAGGAGAUUGUUCUCCACCAGGGCCGUAUCGAGCGAUUCUUCCUCGAUCACAUCAAGAAGCACUCGAAGGAUACCCUACGUGUAGAGCGUGGCGUGCUUCCCGAAUCGCUCCAUAUCGACCAAGACCAAGUAAACGACCACUCACCGGACAACUAUCCCAUCACCGUGCAGCUGCGGUAUCUGACUGAAGAGGAGGCCAUGCCCGCCCAGAGCAAGGGCUCCAGCAUCAAUGACGCCCUUUUCCGGAGCAAUCUGGCAAAUGAUGAUACCCAAGAUUUAAUCGCAAAUAGCAGACAGAAAGACGGUAGCACAGAGACUGUGAGGGCAAAAUACGUUGUUGGGUGCGACGGCGCUCACAGUUGGACCCGAAAGCAGCUGGGCUUCGAGCUUGAAGGAGAGCCAACAGACCACAUCUGGGGCGUACUCGACAUUAUUCCCAUCACAGAUUUUCCCGAUGUUCGAAAGCGUUGUGCCAUACAUAGCGCGUCUUCAGGUUCAAUGAUGAUCAUUCCGCGGGAGAACAAACUUACUAGACUGUACAUUCAGCUCACGGAAAUCAAACCAGAUGCUAGUGGUCGGGCAGACAGGUCGAAAAUCACCCCAGAUACUAUCAUCAAAGCGGCACAACGGAUCAUUGCACCCUACAAGUUGACAUAUGAAUACUGCGACUGGUGGACCGCAUACCAAAUCGGCCAACGAGUAGGCAAGAACUUUGACCGCGACAGCCGCGUUUUCCUGGCUGGCGAUGCUGUUCAUACCCAUUCCCCAAAGGCUGGCCAGGGGAUGAAUGUAUCCAUGCAGGACGCCUACAAUCUGGGCUGGAAAUUGGGACUGGUAGUCAAGGGCGUGGCUCAACCAAGUAUACUCAAAACGUACCAGUCUGAGCGGAGACGAAUUGCCCAGGAUCUCAUUGCAUUCGAUCACAAGUUUUCAAGACUCUUCUCUGGCCGACCGGCCAAGGAUCUCAUGGACGAAGAGGGUGUAAGCAUGGACGAGUUCAAACAGGCAUUCCAGAAGGGCGGUCUAUUCGCCGCUGGUCUUUCGGUCGACUAUGGCACAAGCAUGUUAGUGGGCAAACCAGGCAAUGCCGCGGAACAGGGCGAUGGAACAGAUGUAUCGUCCAAGACACAAGUCAUUGGCAAGCAAGAACUCGCCUCGGAGACGAAGAUAGGUAUGCGUUUCCCGAGCCACCAGGUUCUCAACCAGUCAGACGGCCGGGCAUGGGAGUUCCAGCAGAAGUUAAAGAGCGACGGACGAUUCCGCAUCAUCGUCUUUGCCGGCAAUGUUGUCAACCAAGAGCAGAGUACUCGCCUAAAGGGCUUCUGCCAACGCCUCUCAUCAUCACCACUCCUGGCUCCGCGGCUCAUCAAGGACGUUGAUGUGCUCACCCUGCACUCAUCCAAGCGUAUCGAGGUCGAGCUGCUAAGAGACUUCCCCGAUGUUCUGCAUCCCUUUGAUCCUAAGACUGGAUGGGACUAUGACUCGGUGUAUGUGGAUGAUGGUAACUACUACGAAGCAUUUGCAGAUGCAUACAAGAAAUACGGUGUGGACAGAGAAAAGGGCUGCGUCGUAGUCGCCAGACCAGACCAGUAUGUAGGAUACAUUGACACGCUCGAUGAAGCGGGACUAGAGGGGGUGGAAGCAUAUUUUGCAGGCAUUCUCAGGACGUAG